GCACUCGUGACAAAUAUGUUCAUGAGCGCAGCCGAGACCCUUCCCUCCUGCGACGGUUGGUGGCAGUUUGGGCUAGGAGUUGCUCCUGUCGAUCUGGCCAUGGUCGUGGCCUGUUUGGGGAUCCUAAAGCUCCUCUUGCUGUACCGGCAGUACGUGCCACAGAGCCCACGGAACUUGAUGACGACCAUGUCGUUGACAACCAAGGACGAUCCUGAACGCAACGAAGACGUGGUUGUGGUCUUAAGCUGCUACAAUGAGACGAAGGAGGAGCUGCAGCACAGCAUCAGCACUUUGGACUCUUCGGAGUCGGGUCCCUCGGCACGGCUGAUGGUCUUCGUGGAUGGCCUUCAGCGGUUUGACCAGGACGAGAUCAUGGAGUGGAUUCACAAGGUGAGACACGGCGUGGAUGUGGAGAACCCGGAGAGCCCCAAGUUUUUGGAGACGGACGCAGCCCCGACUGCUGAGGACUUCGAGAUUUUGGCGGCCCUGACUUCCAUCCUACCACCUGGCAAGGUCGAGACCGACCAUGGCUGCGUGUGCAUCCGCGGUAUCAAGCAGGGUGCUGUCCCGUAUCCUUUCGAGAUCUAUGUGAAGGGCAAAGACUGUGCACGAUCGAAGCGGGCCUCACAG